UAUGCAGCCAUCUUGACUGAACAAGCUUGGUCAAUGACCCAUAUGUAUAUCUUCUACCUUGUAGGAGCACAUGGAAACAGGCACUUCAAGUGCGCAAAUGACUGACAGUAACGUUUCAUCCAACAGCCUCGAAACUAAACUGAGGAGUCUUAAAAUACCGUCCAGUUGGCAGGAUGAUGAGAGAUUUCUCAGUCCCGAUGCUGGGAGCCUUGUCUCAAGUACAAGCGACGAGGCACCAGCCGCUAAGCCAGCCACGUCUCACUCAGUACAUUCCAAAAAACUGAAUGAGUAUGAACGAACGUCGCACCAAUAACUUAACCUUGGAUGGAAUGGGAUAAAGUUAGUGACAGCACCAAGCGAAGAUACACUAAACCAACUGUAGAGAUCGUUUCUUCAGUCCUUCAUACUCUCUGUCCUAAUGACCCAGGUUCUCUUUGGCAAGCAAUAGUCUCGUCCCCAGCCAUAAACAAAGCUCUUGAAUGAGAUGACUUACCACAAACGGCCAAGGAUUAUCUCCAGGCCCUAACCGAGGCGUACAACCAAGCUCACGGUUGGGACACAAGAAGGCAGAUCCUGUCUAUCAUGUCCGGUGUUGCCAGCUUCAAGGAUGUCUCAGGCUUCAUACCUGGGCUGACAAGAUAUCGCUUUACUUUGGCCAACCUGCAUUGCCUGCAGUGUGGACGUGGUGCUCUGUUGAUGCACCAGCCCUUGCCAAGAAUAAGGGUUGAUCAACAACAACUUGACCAUUUCCUAUCAUUCAUAACGAGCCCCCAUUUGGUACAAGAUCUGCCCUUUGGACAGAAAACCCUGAAGCUCUCGUCCGGCCAGCUGAUAGAGAUACCAAACAUCAUCCGAACAAUGAUACCGUAGAGAAUAGCGCACCAGUAUAGCCAUUACUGUGAGGAGACAAACUUCAAACCAUUUAGCAAACGAACCAUGCUGCAUGUACUGGCAGAAUGCAAAGCGUCUGUCGGAAGUCUCUUCAGGGGCUCGAUUAUUUCGUGGCAGAUGGUGUGCGUGCAUUUGAAGAUCUUGACAAUUUAGUUUGCCAACUAGGUGAUCUUGGUCUGGGGAAUGAGUGGCAAGUGCAGCAAGUCGAGCUGCUAAAAGCAGCCAAAUCAUACAUUAAAGGAGACUUCAAGGUUCAUGUGAGCAACUCAUCUCUGGUAGCAAGUCACUGCAGUGUUUUUGCCCUCAGCGACACUACCAAUCCUGACCUACAACAGCAGUGCGACCACAGCCAUGACCAGAUGCGUGAACAGAGCGAAAGUCUACACUCGACUCUGCACAGCAUCACAGAGGCAGUUAAAGAGGCAUCUUUUGUAACAGAGGAUGACAGAAAUGAAGCUGGGUACCUUGCAAACUCCGCCACCCUUUCUAUCAAGUCAUGGAUAUGUCACUUGCUGAGAUCAGUCCACCAAGAUCAGGCUCGCUUGGAUAUCAUUGACACUCUCGAUCCUGAGGCAGUUUUAAUCGUGAAUGACUGGGUGAUGAAAUUUUUGCCUCAAAGAUACAGAGAGUCACAAACGGAAUGGUUUGGUAAGCGUGGCUUAUCAUGGCACAUGUCUGUUGUGUACCGACAGAAAGAGGGAGAACUUCAGUGGCAAGGCUUCAUCCAUAUAAUCCAGUCCUGCAGCCAGGGAAGUUCCGCUGUGGCAGCAAUCAUGCACCAUGUACUUACAACCCUAAAGCGCGAACACCCUGAAGAAAACAAAGCCUACUUCUGUCAUGACAAUGCGGGCUGCUACCACUCCUCUCGCACAUUACUAGCGUGCCGCGAGAUGCCAGCCAGCACUGGAGUACAAGUUGUCCGCAUUGACUUUAGCGAUCCUCAAGGUGGGAAAGGGGCUGUAGAUCAGUUGGCUGCAACCUGUAAAGGACACGUCAGGGCUUUUAUCAAUGAAGGCCACGAUGUUUGUACUGCUACGGACCUGAGGAACGUGUUGCUAUCAUAUGGGGGAUUGGGAGGAGUGCAAGUGGUCUCACUUAACACUAUCAACAAAACACCAGAUGAUUCGCGAAGUAUCUCAGGGAUCACUAAGCUUAAUAAUUUUCAGAGUCAAUUACCUGUUGGCGCGCAUAUUCCAUUGGCCGUGGAAAAACAAUUAAACCGGAAAAGCCAUCAUCUGUGCAACAAUGUCUUGAGCAAGCAGGCCCUGUUGAACCAGAUGCGGGAGUCUGCUGCAGCCCCGCCCAUGCCCACGCCUGUCACUGAGGCUCCUUUGGAGGUUGCGUCAUGUGAACUUGAGGGGGUAAGUAGAAAAUGA